GGCUGGGAGUCAAUAUGUAUAUACACAAUUUUUUCCUGGUUGUGAUUGUUCUUUUCUGUUUCUCAGAGUCUGAAUCUUUCCCUACCGUUGACUUGCUUGUAAAGGGAGCUAUUAUAAAGGGAGCCCUAAUAAAGGGGGCCCUUAUAAAGAGCACACUUGAUAACCAAGCACAAGAGCCUAUUUGCAGAAUAGUUUACAAGCAAAGAUGCACCCAAGUAAAUGAAGAGAAGUGUAGCACAAUACAAGAGGAGCAGUGCAGUUCAGGGACCAGACAGGAGUGCACCACCGUUAAUGAACAGCAGUGCAGCAUUUUAUUGAAUCAGCAAUGCAAUAUAAUAAAUGAACAGCAGUGUACUGAUGUAAAUGAACAGCAAUGCACAAUAGUCAAUGAACAGCAGUGCAACACUGUUACAGACACUGUCAACGAACAGCAAUGUAACACUGUCCAAGAACAGCAAUGCCGUCCUACCACAAGACAGGAGUGCAAUACUGUAAAUGAACAGAAAUGCGAAACCAAAUACGAGACAGUCAAUGAACAGCAGUGUAAUACAGUUCAGGAGCAGCAAUGUAAUACCGUCAACAAACAGGAAUGUAACACAGUCAAUGAACAGGUCUGCAGUACAGUUCAGGAACAGCAGUGCAGAACUGUAACAGAUACUGUCAACGAACAGAAGUGCAGCAUAGUAAAUGAACAGCAAUGUAAUACAGUUCAGGAACAGCAGUGCUCUAUCAUCAAUGAACAGCAAUGUAACACUGUCCAAGAACAGAAGUGUUCAACAAUUAAUGAACAACAAUGCAACACUGUUCAGGAACGACAAUGUCAGAUUAUUACAGAUACUGUCAAUGAGCAAAAGUGCACUACCGUUAACGAGCAGAGGUGUUUAACAGUCAACGAACAGGUUUGCAACACUGUCAAUGAGCAAGUAUGUAACACUGUCCAAGAACAGCAAUGUCGAACUAUUACUGACAUAGUAAAUGAACAACAAUGCAGCACUGUAAAUGAGCAGGUUUGCAAAACUGUCUUUGAAGAAGUUUGCGACUCUGAAACAGCUGGGAACUCUUAUGGAGGAACUGAUGAUUUUGGAGGGGAGGCUCGAGCAGCAGGAUCCUCGUCAGUAUCUGAACUUUACGGAGCUGCUUCAGCCCCAGCUUGCAGACAAGUUGCAAAGCAGGAGUGCACAAACGUUCCCAAGCAACAAUGCAGAACUGUGCCACGAUCAGUUUUAAGACAGGAGUGCAACAAUGUUCCAAAGCAACAAUGCAGAAGUGUUCCUAAACAGUCCUGCAGAAGUGUGCCACGGCAGCAAUGUAUAAACGUUCCAAGGCAACAGUGCUACAACGUUCCUCGCCAGGUUCAAAGGCAGGAGUGCUCUGAUGUUCCCAAACAAGAAUGCAGAACUGUUCCUAGACAACAGUGUCAGAAUGUUCCCAGGCAAGAAUGCAGAAGUGUCCCCAGACAACAGUGCCGCAAUGUUCCUAAGCAGCAGUGCCGUACUAUUCCAAGGCAGAAAUGUCAGAAUGUUCCUAGACAGGUCAGCAGGAAUGAUUGUUCAAGUGUUCCUCGACAGCAAUGCAGCAAUGUUCCCAAGCAAGUAUGCCAAAAUGUUCCAUCAACAGAAUGCAGAUCUGUUCCCAGAGAGCAAUGCAAAAAUGUUCCAAGACAGGUUGCAAGCGAGCAAUGCAGAAAUGUUCCUAGACAACAGUGUCGUUCAGUUCCUGAUAAAGAGUGCACAACUGUUCCCAGAGAGCAAUGUCAGAAUGUUCCACGACAGGUCCAGAGACAGGAGUGCAGGAAUGUUCCCAGUCAACAGUGUCAAAAUGUUCCUAGACGACAAUGUAGCAGUGUUCCAAGGCAACAGUGCCUCAAUGUUCCUAGCCAGCAGUGCCAAAAUGUUCCUAGACAACAGUGCACAAACGUACCUUGGAAUGAGUGUGUCAGUGUUCCUCGACAGGUGUGUAAGAAUGUUCCCCGUCGGCAGUGCCACCCCGUUCCUAGUCGACAGUGCUCUGCUGAUGCUGAAGGUUCCCACCAUGGUUAAACAAAAUCCCUCCGUUUACAUUUUGUGCAUAUUGUUUCUGAAAAUAUGUUUCAUGUCAGAAGAGCUAGUAGGUGACAGAUCUCCUGUUUACAGUGCUGAGCCGUUUCCCCUUUCUCUGUGGUCUUAUGAAUACUAUGUAUUGUAUUUUUACACCAACGUCCAUUUCAAUAGAGUUACCAAAUACAU